AUGGCUACCCAGCCCUUAAAACUCUGGAUCCCUAUACCCCCACAGGGAAGUCCCACAACCAAUGGGCAGAGAGAGGGGCAGGGCGUCACACCCCCCUCCUACAGAAAAGGGGCCCCCCCACAUUAUCCCUCCCCACUCCUCCCCAUCUACCCCCAUCCUCCACUCAGCAACCUGGAUCCUAGGAGCACAUUAAGAGUAGUGAGAAGGCACACUUUUAGUGACUAUAUUGGGAGGAGGACCAUCAGCCCACACCUGCGCCCCAGCAAGACCGUUCCCCAGAAUUAUGUCCACCCCAUCCACUGGCAACUCAGUGCGCACACCCAUCUCAACAUCUCCCUUCACCAAACCAAGACAAGACACAGCCUAUGCACAGGUGCAGGGAACACCACCAUCCCCAUUCCUCUGACCAGCACAAAGUCUCCUGUGUCAGUCUCCGACGAGAAGGACAUGUUCAUGUACAAGACUGCACUUGAAAGUCGUCCAUGUACACGCCGUGGAAUCUUGUCAGUAGUUAAUUCUAUCUACGAUCCUCUUGGAUUCUUGUCACCAUUCACACUGCCUCCCAAGCUGAUUCUACAAGAGCUGGGCAAUAGAAAACUUGGUUGGGAUGACCAAAUAUCACAAACCUUUUUACAGAAGUGGACAAAGUGGCUGACAAAUCUUCAUAAACUGUCCCUGUUAAAGGUGGAACGAUGUAUUAAGCCAAAGGACUUUGGAAAAGUAAACAAUGCACAGCUGCAUCACUUCUCAGAUGCGAGUGAAUAUGGAUAUGGCACUGUUUCUUAUCUGAGAUUGAAAAGCAUCUCUAAAAAAGUAAACAUUGCUUUCAUGGUUGGAAAGUCCAGAGUUGCUCCCAUGAAACAAACCACAAUACCGAGGCUUGAACUUACAGCUGCUGUAUUAGCUGCCAGACUGGACAAGAUGAUUAAGAAGAAGCUUCAACUGGAAUUGUCAAUUUUCUGGACCGAUAGCACAACUGUGCUUAAUUACAUUUCAAGUGAAACAAAGAGAUUCCACACAUUUGUAGCGAACAGAGUGGCUGUUAUACACGAAGCUAGAGAGGUGGCCCAAUGGAGAUACAUAGGAUCUAAGCAGAACCCUGCUGAUGAGGCCUCAAGAGGACUGUCAGCUGAUGAUUUUCUAAAGUGUGAGCGAUGGCUCAAAGGACCUGAGUUUCUGCUGACUGAUGAAAAGGAUUGGCCAAAACAGGUGAAGAACAAACCUGCCAUCACCUUGGAUGACCCCGAGACUGGGAAAAGCUGA